CACUGCAAGUUCAAGCCUCUCUAGCACAGACAGCCGUAGGCCGACGCCACUCAAUAUCUGAGCGUACUGUCAAAAUUUGUUUGGUCGUUCCUCCCUUGCUGCACCUUGGUGUUGUGCCUACCUAGCCGCAUAGACGGGACAUACCUUGUCUCUCUGUUAGCCCCCGCAAAAUGACCGAUCAGGGAUUGUCAGACGAAGCGGUUGCUGCAGCUUGCAAAGAUGGAAACGCCAUUACUAAAGAUUUUAUGAUGCAGCAGACCAUGCUGAGGGUGAAAGAUCCGGUCAAAUCCCUGGACUUCUACACCCGGAUCCUGGGGAUGACGCUACUGCAGAAGUUUGAUUUCCCUUCCAUGCGCUUCUCUCUGUUCUUUCUGGGCUAUGAGGAUAAGAAAGAGAUCCCUGCGGAUGUGAAGGAGAAGACUGCUUGGACCUUCUCCAGAAGAGCCACCAUCGAGCUCACACAUAACUGGGGCUCUGAGAAUGACGACGGACAGUCGUACCACAACGGUAAUUCGGACCCCCGUGGUUUUGGACACAUUGGAAUUGCCGUGCCCGACGUGUACGCUGCCUGCAAGCUGUUCCAGGAGCAGGGAGUCACCUUCGUAAAGAAGCCUGACGAUGGUAAAAUGAAAGGCUUGGCUUUCAUUCAGGACCCUGACGGUUACUGGAUUGAGAUCCUCAGCCCCAACAACAUGGUGUCCAUCACCUCCUAGACAAACCAGCUCACCAGACCUCUUUACCUCACACAGCCCGACAGAUCGAGAGACUGUCACAUGGCCUACUAGACAAUUCAAGGCAAUUGCAAAGAGAUCAUGAAAACGGCAAGCCUGCUAUGGUGAAUAACGGAAUAACAGAGCUGCAUGACACUUGGACUGUGGCCUGGCAGUAAAUGGCUAUGGAAUUGGACAAUUAAAAAGCGGUGGGGUAAAUAAAUAGAUACCUAUCUGAGUUAUAACCCUGGCAUUGCAUAUGUAUAGAAUGUCUAUUUUGUUCUAUUUGUACCUUUUCAAAGGUCAUCAUGCGGUGCCAUUAAAGAUGGAUACCACUGUUAA